AUGAAGGAGGCAAGUGACGUGCCGAGCGUCUGCGUCCGCGAGCUCCAUGGCCACCACGGGCCUGUCAACGCCGUGCGCUUCAACUCCAAGGGCACGUACGUCAUGACCUGCGGCCAGGACAAGACGGUGAAGCUCUGGAACCCGCACCGCGACGGCGUCGACAAGCCGAACGAGGCGCUGCUGGUCAAGACGUACGAAGGCAGACACGGAUACGACGUGCAGGACGUUGCAAUUGCACACGACAACUCCAAGUUCGCCUCGUGUGGUCGAGACCGCGACGUCUUCAUGUGGGACGUGCCCACUGCUCAGGUUAUCCGCAAGUUCGAAGGCCACGAGCAUAGUGUGAAUUGCGUGCGCUACAAUGCGGAUUCGUCCGUGCUGCUGAGUGGCUCAUACGAUAAAACGAUUCGAGCUUGGGAUAUCAGGCAAGGUCAUGGAAAGGAGGAGGCUCGCAAUGCUUACAUGCCGAUUCAAGUUCUGGACGACUUCAAGGACAGUGUCACGUCCAUGGUUGUGACGGAACACGAAAUCAUAGCAGGAUGCGUCGAUGGGGUUGUGCGGACGUACGAUCUACGAGCGGGGCAGCUUUUUCGCGAGCAUAUUGAUGAGCCCGUGGUGUCAGUCGCGCACUCUCCUGAUGCUCGCUUCCUGCUUGCUGGAUGCCUGGAUGGAUCCAUCAGACUAAUCGAAAAAGCCAAAGGAACAGAAGUCAAGAGCUACCGUGGGCAUCGCGUCCAAGACUACAAAAUCGAAUGUGGCUUCUCAAGCGAUGGGGCGUACGUAGUGAGCAGUUCCGAGGACGGGAAGGUCUACUGGUGGGAUCUCGUGGACGCCAAGCAAAUGCACUCACUCGCUGCACACGAGAAACCGGUGCGAGCACUCGCUUGUCAUCCUGAGAGUAGUAUGUUCGUCACGGGCUGCACUGACGGCUCCGCUAAAGUUUGGUCUCACAGCUGA